UUAGUGUGUGCAGCACUCGCCAGAGCAGGCUCGCUUUUCUGGGCUGGCGAUGUGCUUUCUUGGCCAGAACAUUUCGGCAGUCACUUCUUUGCCAAAACGCUCGGGAACUGGGAUUUGAAUGGCUGCACCUGGAGAACAAGCGAGGGAGGCAGCCACGAAGGGGUUAAGAAGAAUUAUCCGGGCUGCAGCUUUAAAAAUGUGGUAUGGAGGGUAUCAAACUGGAUUUGGUAGGAGGUUCUCUGUCUGGUACACGCCUUGGCAGUGAAUAGAUAUCUGAUCUCAGAGCAAUAAGAGGCUCUCAGCACCGGCAAGGCUGCGGGGAGCUGCGGUCCUGGGGACCGAGCUGUGGGCUGGUGGUGGGUCUGGGGCGCUGGAGCCCUGCCCGGCACCGCUGCCCCUCUCAGUGCUGCCGAGCCGGGGCGGGACUGGCAUAAUUCUGUUGCGGCGAUUAAAAGUGAGCAAACGCUGUUUUCCUAGUUGGACUUUCCUGGUCAGCGGAGAGGGGGUGGCGGAGGAUGCGGUGUGGGAGAUGAGCGGCACCAAGGACGAUGGCCGCUGUCAGAGGGCAGUGCGCAUCGUCACUGAGCUGUGCCGCAAGAAAAGCCUGCCGAGCCUGGACCUGGACUCCUGCCGGGAAUUCCUGCUGCCGCCCUCGGACCAGAGCCUGAGCAUCUCGGAGCCAGAGCUCUCCGUCAGCCUCCUCGCGCUGGUGGUGGCUGUGUGUGGACUCGCCCUGGUGGCAGUUUUUCUCUUUCUCUUUUGGAAGCUGUGCUGGGUUCCCUGGAGGAACAAGGCCGCUUCCUCUAGCCUGGCCGUCUUGCAGAGCGAGGCAGACCGCGGGGAGGGCAGCAUGGCCGACAAGCUCAAGGACACGGGCACCGUCAGUUUCUUGGAGGCCGCUGUGAAGAUCAGCCACACGUCCCCGGACAUCCCGGCCGAGGUCCAGCUCUCCAUGAAGGACCACAUCAUGCGGCGCGCGCGGAUGCAGCGGCAGGCGACGGAGCCCGCCUCUUCCGCCAGGCACAUCUCCUUCAAGAGGCACCUUCCUCGGCAGAUGCAUGUGUCCAGCGUGGACUACAGCACGGAUGCGCCUGACGUGGCGGAGCAGCCGACCAGCAUCGGUCGCAUAAAGCCCGAGCUCUAUAAGCAGAAAUCUGUGGACUCUGAGGACCCCAAAAAAGAGGCAGCAAAGACCUGUGGGAAAAUUAACUUCACUCUCAAGUACGACUACGAGAACGAGACGCUGACUGUCCGAAUUCUCCGGGCCUUCGAUCUGCCGGCCAAAGAUCUCUGUGGCAGCUCAGACCCCUACGUGAAGAUCUACCUGCUGCCGGACAGAAAGCGCAAGUUCCAGACGCGCGUCCACCGGAAGACCCUGAACCCCACCUUCGACGAGGCCUUCCACUUCCCCGUGCCCCACGAGGAGCUGCCCGGCAGGAAGCUCCACCUCAGCGUCUUUGACUUCGAUCGCUUCUCCAGGCACGACAUGAUCGGAGAGGUUAUCCUGGAGAACCUGUUUGAGGCCUCUGACCUGUCCCGGGAGACUUCCCUCUGGAAGGACAUUCAGUACGCCACGACCGAAAGCGUGGACCUGGGAGAGAUCAUGUUUUCCCUCUGCUAUUUGCCAACCGCAGGCCGGCUCACCUUGACGGUCAUUAAGUGCAGGAACCUCAAGGCGAUGGACAUCACCGGCUACUCAGAUCCAUAUGUCAAAGUGUCUUUGCUCUGUGACGGGCGAAGACUGAAAAAGAAGAAAACCACCAUAAAGAAAAACACACUAAAUCCCACCUACAACGAAGCAAUAAUCUUUGACAUCCCCCCGGAGAACAUGGAUCAAGUCAGUCUGCUUAUAUCCGUCAUGGACUACGAUCGCGUGGGCCACAACGAGGUCAUCGGGGUCUGCCGCGCCGGGGCGGCCGCCGAGGGGCUGGGCCGGGACCACUGGAACGAGAUGCUGGCCUACCCGCGCAAGCCCAUCGCGCACUGGCACCCGCUGGCGGAGGUGAAGAAGUCCUUCAAGGAGGUGCGUGGGCUGCUCUUCCCUUCCGAUGCAUGCGCUGCGCGCGGCUGGGCUGGUCCAGGGCUUCCAAAGAGCUCCUGCUCCCGCCUGGGCGUUUCUGACGAGAAUGGGGGGAAAUAUCUCCCCAGAAACGAGCUCCAGAGACCGAGCAUCUCAGUACGGUCUUAAAUAGCUCCCUGCACUUGAAAGCAAGAAUGAAGGGAUCACAUUUGCAGAUCCGAUUGUUGCUCUAUCUUCUUUUCUUCCUUUUUUUGUAAUUAGAGAUUGAGAGCGGCAAAGAGAGGGAAGGCUUUUCUGAUUGCAGAAAAAAAUGUCCAGGGAUAUCAUGUAUUUCAAGUUUUAAUUUUUUCAUUCUAAGAGAUUUUUCUGUUGACUCAUCUCCAAGCCUUUGAGGGCGAAUAAAUAGAACGAAUGUAAUUGCUCGAAGCAUCUCCCAAGAAAAAGACUCUCCCGAGGCAGCUGCAGAUGAUAAAACGGGCUUGAAGGGCCUGGGUCACAUUUUGACCAUCUCCAGCAUUUUCUUUCUCCAUUUCCUCGCACUCCUGUGCAGUUAUUUGCCUUUUGCCUGGUUCAGGCGAUAAAUUCUGGAGGAAAGAGAUGUGGUCAAUGACAGUCACGUUACUGACACUUCCAAUAUGACAGCAAAGCCAGCACUUGUGCCUAGGAGUGGUAGUAUAAUAAAGGCAAUAACCACCACCCCCCCCCCCCCCCCAGGGUGCACAAGCCAGAUUAAGAAGCAACGGAGAAUAUCCUCCACUAAUGGAAAUCUGAAAAUUCAUACUCGCUUGCAUGAGGCCCUCCAUGAUCUCAUGUUGCACCGUUGUGAGUCAGGAAUACCUACCUGGAAUCAGUUCUUAUAUUCUUCCUAUAUAGGAAUAUAUAUAAGGACAUAAAUAUUCAUGAUGAAAAUCAGAGGAAAAGAGGAAGGCAUAUAGGAUGAUUCACCUUUUAAACUGUACAUUGAAAACCACGGCUGAGCCCCCAUGCCCUUGGGAAAAAAGUCAAAUGAGUCAUUUCACCCCCUUAGUGCAUACGUCAGGAGCUCUGCAAAAAAAAAAAAAAAAAAAAAAAAAGAAAAGAAAAAGGAAAAAAAGCCUCUGACAGUCUGUUCUGGCAUUUCUGCCACGAGCCAGCGCAGAGCCAACGGGCCCCGUAUCCAUUUGCCCUUUUAAGUUUUAGCACUGCCGUCUGCAACUCUCUAGUGCAGUCAAAAAACCAAACAGGAUCCUGGACAAAAAUUCAUGGGGAAAUGGUAUUUGUGCAGCACAGCCAAUCACAUCAGCUUUUGCGUGUGUGUACGAAAGAGAGGAAUGCAUGUUUUCCCAUCUUUUAAAAACAGUCUGGGUUUUGUAUUCUCCGUCAAGCAACCCGUUGCUGACUGGCACAGCCACUUAUCAGUUCACAGCCUAGGACUUUUGGAAGAAUUUCCGAUAUAUUUUUCCCAUGCUGUGGCCUUGGCGGGUUAAGUGAUGUGUUUACAAGAAGAAAUAUAAAAUUACAGGGUCUCUUUCCAGACUUCAAAGGGGACUCUGAAAAUUGGAAAUUGCUGUGUUGUGUAUGAAAGCCUAAAACACUGUCUGCUAUCACAGAGCAGCAGCAGCGGCCCAGUGCAAAACUGGGCUUUGAUGUUGCAGAGCACCUCUGACAUUCAGCACAGGUGAAUUUAUUUGUUUAAACUAUUUCUCCAGACAAAAACUGAUAACUUUGCUGAGAGCUAAGUCAUGCCCAUAACAAAGAACAACCAUUUAUCUUUAAAGAUAUGCAAAAAUCAUCCUCUUCCAGACUUUCGGGUAUGUUUGACUUUGAGUGAACUGACGGUUCCUAGUUUCUGACUGUUAAUUGCAGAACGGACAGUUCACCCUUUCUAAUUACAUGAAGGAGAGGUAUCCAGAUUCCCUGUGGCACAGCAGUCCUUUGAACCCAGUCUCAGGAGAGCUUGCAUCACGGUUAUGGAGUAGCAAAUGUCCCUGCAAAUGCAGGCUGAAGUCUCCACCAAAAGCCUGUUUCACUUGUAAUUUCUGCUUACCUUUUUUCUUUUUGGCAAUUCUCGUAGGAAGUCUGUAUCCAUAUCGUCAAUUCUUUAGGAAUUUUAACAAUUACACGUAACAUGAGAAACACGCAAGGAGCUAUUUUCUUGCCCUGGUGGUUGUUUGGAAGCCCCGUGCCCCAUUUCGCGGCCGGCUGUGCACGUGCACGUGUGCCGUGGGUGCCCGCAAGGAUGCUCGGCUCUGCUCUCGGCAGGGUGUUGGGCCAAGGCUGCAGCAGCGGAGCCCUGGCCUAAGGCUGCGACUGCAGUUGCUGCUUUGCGUGUGGCCUCUUAGGGGAUUUAUCAUCAUUCUGAAAACUUCGCCCUGCCGCCCGGACGGCACGGAUCCUCUGCGCGUGGUGGAUGCUCCGUCCGUGGCACGGGGAUCUGUGCGCUCGGGACCUGGGCGCGUUGCUGUGGGGUUUUUUUCCCCCCUAGACUAGCUCCCCUGGGCUGGUUGGGUGCAAAUUACCUGCUGGGUUUUCUCCCACAGAAGUGAAAUUCUACUUUCUAGGGCAUUAAUGUCAGCCAGCAAAGAUUUUUUUUUUUUUGCUUAUGCUGGAGAGGAGACAAUUGAUCCGGGGGAGAGAGCAGCAGUGGCAGCGUUAUGCCUCCUGUUGCCUUCCCAUCCUGGGAGAUGUCUAUCAUUUGUCAUUCGAAUUUAAUAAAAUAAGAGGGUGAGAUGGGCGAGAGUGCAAAAGCCUGAGUAGUAAUGGUUUUGAAUUAUAAUAAUAGCCCCAAGGCACUUCACAAAUAAUUUAUUAUCCCGUUAGUAUGGCAAACAAUGUUUGCUACACCACUUCCUCUCUGACGUGAUUUUCACUUUGAGAAAUGUCUCUGGCAUGGUGUAUAUAGUUUCUAUUGGUAGUAUUACCAGACUGGUAGCAAUUAGGUAACUUUGCAAUAAUUCAGUACUCAUAAAGCAAACAAACAGAAAGGUAACAGCACUAGCAGGGGAAACGGGAAAGGCAAGCUGAGGGCACGCUUUGCCUGCAAAGUGAACACAGGCACCUUCUGAGUGGUGUUACUGUCCUGACAACUGCGAAUCGAUUUGCAGAGUAAUGAAAUAAACUGUGCACCAGCUCUUCCAGACCGAUUAAGCGGGGGACUUCUCACCCCAGGGAUUUGUCCGUGACCAGGUUAUUCAGGCUAGACCGAAAUGGCCAGUAAGUUGGAGCACGCUGUGCAGCAGCUGAGACAACGUAGCGCAGGGGCCGGUGAACAGGGCUGGGGGACGGGAAGGGUUUCGGACAAUGCCCUGUGUGUGCACUGACAUGCAUACGUAUACAUACGUACAUGCAUGUAUUCCUAUAUUUAUAUAUGCAUGUACGUAUGUAUUUGUAUGUAUGUAUAUGUAUGUAUGUGUAUAUGUAUAAGUAUGUAUAUGUUUUUUUCUCUUCCCCCGCCAGUGGCGCGGCCGGGCAGCGAGCACCGACAGCCAGGGCUCCUGCCCCUCUCCCAAGCCACCGCCG